AUGGGUAUCAUUAUCCCGUUUAUUAACAAAGACAUCACCGACCUUAAAGUGCAGCUGAAGAACAAGAUAAACGAGGAGAAGAACCAGCGGCGCCUGGUGCUCGUCAUAGUGUCGAUCGCUCUGCUGCUAGACAAUAUGCUGUACAUGGUGAUCGUGCCGAUUAUACCCGACUACUUGCGACGCAUCGGUGCCUAUGAGGUUAGCUACCUGUACAAGUACGCAAACGUGACGCUCCCCAACGGCACCGUCGUUACGAUGAAGAAACAGCGCAUAAAGCAGUACGCGUCAGAGGACCAAUCGCUCGGAUACCUGUUCGCCUCAAAGGCUAUACUGCAGCUACUCAUUAAUCCAUUCAGCGGCACCCUCAUCGAUCGGAUCGGCUACGAAACCCCGCUCAUCAUAGGCUUAGUCGUCAUGUUCAGCUCCACCGCAAUAUUCGCUCUAGGACAGUCCUACGGCGUCCUGUUUAUGGCACGUAGUUUACAAGGUAAGGCAUUUUCACCGUUAUCCAUCUGCUUCCAGUCUCGGUGUAUUUUUCCGCUUUAA